AUGGAAAAAAUGUUUAAAACAACUAAAAAUUAUUUAUGGGAUGUUGGAGAUAAAGUUGGUAGUAGUACAACAUCAGAUGUUUACAAAGCAUGUAAUAUAACAACACGAGAACAAGUGAUAGCUAAAGUUCCGAAACUUACAUCAUUAUUAUUCAAUAUUGAAUUUAGUCAUAGAACUGAUAACGAAGAUAAAAACUAUUCACAUUCGAUAUUUGUUGAAAAUGUUGAUUUUCUUAAGAAUAUUAAUCACGAUAAUAUUGCUCGUUUUAUUGGUACAGAAAUAAUCACUUCAUCAGAUAAUUUAAAUGGAUUUCCGAAUCAAGAAAUAUUAUUUUUUGAAUAUUGUAAUGGAGGUAGUGUUCAUGAUAUGCUUCAAUUACCAGCUAAUGUAUAUGGUUUACCUGAAGAUAUCAUAAUACAAAUCAUGAAGGAUAUCAUUAAUGCACUUAAAUAUUUACAUAAUAAAAAAAUUCAUUGUAAUAUAAAGCCAAGCAACAUUAUGCGAACGAUUGAUAUUAAUAAUAAAGUAAUAUAUAAAUUAACUGAUUUAGUUGUGAAUCGAGAAAUUAAACAAGACGAAGUAACAUCGAAUUCUAGUCAUGAUACAGCAAAAUAUGUUCAUCCAAUUGUAUAUCAUAAUAAUCCUCCUGAUAGAAAAGUAAAUAGUGAUGGGAAUAUUAUUGGAACACAUGUUUCAAUUCCAUUUGAAAUUGAAAUAUGGUCAUUCGGUGUAACACUCUAUCAAUGUUCUACAGGUCAAUUGCCAUUUCAACCAUAUAAUAAUACAAAUAAUGACCGAAAUCUAAUGAAACAAAUCUUAACAUCAAUACCAAUGGGAUGUAUUUCAGGUAUACAAGAUACGUAUAAUGGUGAUAUUCGUUGGUCAAAAGUCUUACCAGAAUGGUGUCGUUUAUCAUCAAAUCUUAAGAAAAUGUUAGAAAAAUUAUUCUCAUGUUUAUUUGAAACAAAUCAAGCACGAUUAAUGAAACAUGAAGAAUUUUUUAAUGAAGUUAACAAAAUAAUUGAUUUAAUUCCUAUUUAUUAUAUUAAUUUAAAAAAAUUUACAUUAACAUGUGCUUAUUUUCAAGCUGAUGAUUCAAUUCAUAAAUUUUUCGAUUAUAUUCGACAAGAAAAUGACGAUGAAAUGAACGUUGAAUAUUUUUGUCUUUUUCAAAAUGUAUAUUAUCCUGUAUUAAGAACAGAAGAAACGACUGUGAAAACAUUUUGUGAACAAUUACCUAUGUCAUUAUCAUAUGAAAAACCUCUAAUUAUUUAUACAUUUUCAAUAUCAAAAUUCGAUUAUAAAUGUAUAUCAGAGAUCCAUAUACCUAAGAUACAAUUAAUGGAAAAUAUUCAAGAUAUUUUUGCUUCUGUAUAUGAUUGGAGUCAGAAAAUAGUUGGACUUUUUUUCUAUUUACAAACGGGCGUAAUUCAAUAUGAAUCUAUUAUGCAAAUAAUUCAAUCGACAAUUAUGACUAUACAUCGUCUUCUUAAAUCGAAAUUACUUGAACUUCUUUAUUUAAUUCGUAAAAAUCUUCUUAAUCAUCAAAUUACUCAUGAACUUGAAAAGAUAUUUGAUUUAAUUAAACCACAAUCAUCACCAAAACCUAUUCGUUCAUGUCAUAAAUCAAUAAUUAAAUCUUCCGAUACUAAUGAAACAUCUGAAGAACAAAAUUUUUCAAAAAUAAGACCUAUGUUAGAUUUAUCAUUGAAUUUUUAUCAUAAAUCAAUCGAAUAUGAUAAAGAUUUAUCCACAAUUCUUGAUACAAAUUUUAAUGAUAAUGAACGAAUGUUUCAAUUAAGUAAUCUUUCAACACAAAUGAAAAAUUAUUCAAUGUAUAUUCAACAAAUUAAUAAACAUGUUCAAGAUGCAACUGAUCUCUGUGAAAGAUUUCGACAUGAUACAACGAUUACUAGACCUAGUCAACUUCAAAUGGUGUCGAAUAUAAUACGACAAAAAAAUCUUAAAAAACUUUAUGAUCAAUAUAUUCAUUUUGUUAAUGAAGGAUGCUAUCCAUUAAUACUUGAAUUUUAUAAUGAAUUUAAAAAAUGGAUUAAACAACAAGCAGAUAUUUAUUUUCAUAUUCAACAAAUUCAAUUUGUAUAUGAAUAUGAAUGUAGUAUAAGUAUUUCGACUGAGAAUUUUCGUCAAAUAAUUAAUGAUGAACUUCAAAAAUUAAGUCAUAAUCACACUCAUUUAUCUGACGUUGACUCAAAAUACAACUCUAACAUUCAGCAAUUAACAACUGUGCAAAUGGGUGAAAGUGUAAAUGAUUCUAAUCGUACCUGUAUUUCAAAUAAUAUACUUCUGAAUAAUCUUCACAUUCUAUUGCAAAAAACAAUUGAACAGACUGACAAUAAUUCGAAUAUAUUCAAUGAUAUAAUCAAACAGCUUCACCAAUGAAAUAAUACAUACACCAUUUUCUUUUUUUUAAUAUGUUUUAAUAGAAUUUUAUUUUAUAAUAUUGAACAGUUAAGAAAUAAAGUCAAAAGUAAAAUCAUAAUUAAUAUUGUUUCAAUGUAUUUUAUCAGUAUUCUUUCACCUUUCUAUCCACUUGAAAAUUAUGAGUUAUAUAUAAUUCUUUUUCUCUACAUGAAUCAUGAUCCUUAUCUUUGCAAACGGAAAGUAUCUUUGUUUUUUUGUUUGGUAUUCAAAUAAUAAUUUUAUUAUUUUAGAUAAGUGAUACAACAAUGGUGUAUAUUGGACCACUGUCUUUAUUAUUUUCAGUU